AACGGCUCGAACUAUGGAUCACACGGUCAACACGUUUAACGAAACUCGGUGUGAUCUCCACUAUCGAAAAAUUUCUCGGGAGCGGUACCGGUCGCGUGGGCACGCCGUGCAGCAUGGUCUCGCGACGGACCAAACAACCGGAGGCAGAAUGCGCAGCAAUAUAGAUUGCAGAGAAGCCAUGCAGAACGUAAGCAGGACUCUCGAUCCAACCUUGUUCAGACCUCACAUCUCACAUUCCAGCAGCCAUGUUCCGCUCCGUCCCUAAGGGUCCAGCCGACCCAGUCUUCAUCCUCAGCUCGAAAGUGAAAGCCGAUAAAUCGCCUUCGAAGAUCGAUCUCGGUGUCGGCGUAUACAGGAAUGAGCAGGGCAAAUACAAUGAACUUGGUGUGCUGAAACAGGCGAAGGAAAUCCUGACAAAGGCGGAACUCGGCCACGACUACGAAGUCACAACAGGAGAUGCAGAGUUCGUGAAGAACGCGUGCAAGGCCCUCUUUGGUGCAGAGACGGAGCCAGUAAAGACAGAGAGGAUUGCAUCUGCACAAGCGAUUUCAGGAACAGGAAGCAUUCAUCUUGCUGCUCUAUUCUUGAGCCGCGCUGAGGAGUUCAAAGGGAAGAAGGUAUACGUUGGAACACCCGCCUGGGGCAACUACGAGCCCCUGUUCAACCUCGUCGGAUUCGAAGUCGUCAAAUACCGACAUUACAAUGCGGAGCGUGGAACAGUCGCGUUCGCUGAUCUCCUCAAAGCCGUCGACCAAGCUCCCAGCGGUAGUAUAUUCGUCCUUCAGGGCUGCUGUCAUAACCCUUCAGGCGCAGACUUGAGCAAGGAGCAAUGGCGAACACUCGCUCGGGCCAUGAAACCAAAGAGUCAUUUUCCCUUCUUCGACAUGGCAUAUCAAGGUCUCGGUGCGCCCCUGGCGGAGGAUGCAUUCGGUCUGCGACACUUCACAGAGCAGGGCUUCGAAUUGCUGGCUUGCCAGUCAUUCUCGAAGAACUUCGGUCUUUACGGCGAGAGGUGCGGCGUCCUCCACAUCCUCACAGAGAAGGAGGCAGCCGCAGACAAUGUUUACGAUCAGCUCAGGUGCCUGAUCAGGUGGGAAUUCUCAUCCAGCCCAGCAUACGGUUCGAGACUGGUGAACACGGUACUGAAGGACAGCGCCCUCACAUCGCAAUGGCAAGAUGAGCUAGCAGUGAUGCGAGAGCGACUGGUCGGUCUCAGGAUGACCUUGUACGACUUGUUGACGAAGAAGCACAAGACACCAGGCAACUGGGACGUAAUCCUCACAUCGACCGGCCUCUUCUGCUUCCUUCCGCUGAGUCCACAACAGUGCGAGACGCUUGGUAGCAAGCACCACAUCUACAUGCUCCUGAGUGGGCGCAUCAACGUCUCAGGCAUGAACCAGUCGAACAUCGAGAGGAUAGCACAGGCCAUCAAUGAGGUGGUCCAAGGCGCACCGUCCUCGCGAUUGUAAACUGUAGAAGGACCGAGCUGAUAGUGAACUGCCGUAUUGUUCUUGUAUUGAUGUGCAUGUGAUGCCAUGGUGCAGCAGGCUGGGCAUAAGCUAAGUCGGGGAGCGAAGCUGUUGAUCUCGGGUCAGCUUCCGAAUUUUUCGAAUCACAUAUUAUCGCGCAUAUCCGCAUGAUCCAAAUAGGAAAUAAGAUCCAGUGCUUUAGCAUUUACACUGCGGCUCCAAUUGCGAGUCUAAACGCGCGCGUUGUCUCAUGGUGAUAAGUGUGAUACCUGGGAGUUGCGAAGUCGCUGAUACUGAGUGAAAGGCUAGACCACCCCUGCCGCCUCCCCACGCCGUGGCGCAGCGCCAGACUUCAUCGAAGAGAGAUAGCGAUGCAGGGCAUUGUUUCUCCAAAGCUUCUCGAAGGCCCUGAAAUUUUGUUAAAACGCGCUGAUAUGGAGAUCUGUGGUUCUCGAUUGACGCAGGGACGUUCGGUGAUGCGGGCAGGA